AUGACGAGCCGAGACAAGGACACUGGGAAAGACAGUUUCUUCCUGAGCGCCUUGGGUCGGCAGGCCCAGAGCCAGCGGCUCUCGGCGGCGGAGCACUCCAUCAGCUGCGUCUCACGCGAUGCGCGGCAGAACGUCUUCAUCACGGAGCGGCACAUCCGGCCCAACCGCCUGGGACGGGAAUCCCCCAAGGUGAACAGCAUCCAGAUUCCCAGCACCUUAGACACCAACCUGGCCACCACCACGGGCUUGGGCUAUGGCGGCCGUUCCGACUUCACCGCUUUCAAGGUGGAUCCAGCCAGCAUACCCAGCAACGAUGCCAUGAAUUUGUUACCGGAUGGGCAGCAGUUCAAGUACAGGCAAGAUCCAAAGAUUGUCAUUGGCAGCUUGGCUGUGGAGGGGCACCAGUUGCACUAG